GCACCUUCUCCUUCCACAAUGGCCCAGGGCUUCUUUGUUGGCAAAGUAAUAGCUGUUGUUGUUAUCUUGUUCGCCAUUGCUUCUGUGGCUGCUAUAAUAGCUUUGUCAGUUAUUUACGCCGAAGUUAAGGCAAAAAACCAUCAUCUGACCAAACCAACAGAUGCAACAAGCACAGCUACAACGAAUGUCACUUUGGGAAGCAGACCCACCAGUCCCACAAGUCCCAGUCCCACCAGUACCAGUCCCACCAGUGCUCCAGCUGAUGAACCAUGGAACCGUUUCAGACUUCCAAAAUCUCUUAUUCCCUAUCACUAUGAUGUUGAACUGAAGCCAGUUCUUGAAAAGAAUUCUCAAGGACUUUAUAUCUUCUUCGGAAAAAGCACCGUUUACUUCACGUGCAAAGAAGCCACAAAAUAUGUCGUCAUUCACAGCAACAAACUCAACUUCACAACACCUACUAAAGCUGUUCUUAGAGAUGCCGCUUUUACUGAUCUUCCCGUAUUAAGGGUGGAUGAAGUGCCAGUGACUCAGUAUUUGGUGGUUCAUGCUGUUAACAACCUGGAAGUUGGUAAAAACUAUUCCCUGUUCACCACGUUUCGAGGGGAGCUGGCAGAUGACCUGGCUGGAUUUUAUCGGAGUGAAUACGUGGAAGAUGGACAAACCAAGAUCAUUGCCACCACUCAGAUGCAGGCUCCUGAUGCCAGGAAAGCAUUUCCCUGCUUUGAUGAGCCAGCAAUGAAAGCAACAUUCAACAUCACCCUUAUACACAAGCCAGACUAUGUAGCUCUAUCAAACAUGAAUCCUAUAGAAAAAUAUCAAACAGUGGAGGAGGCAGAAACCUGGAAUGUCACAGUGUUCCACAAAACUGUGAAGAUGUCCACAUACCUGGUGGCAUUUAUAGUCUCUCAGUUCAGUUCUACUGGUGAUCCAGGAAACAGCACAACCACCGGGGUUCAGAUCUGGGGCCGUAAAAAAGCUAUUGAGGUUGAGAAACAAGGAGAAUAUGCAUUAAGUAUAAGCAAACCCAUACUGGAUUUUUUUGCUGAAUAUUAUAAAGCCCCUUACCCUCUACCAAAAGCAGACCAGGUUGCUCUUCCUGAUUUUAGUGCUGGAGCCAUGGAGAACUGGGGGCUGGUGACCUACAGGGAGACUGGUUUGCUUUUUGACCCUCAAGUGUCAUCUAUUAGCAACAAGGAGAGAAUAGCCUUAUUGGUAGCUCAUGAACUUGCUCAUCAGUGGUUUGGGAACCUUGUGACGAUACGAUGGUGGAACGACCUGUGGCUGAAUGAAGGGUUUGCCUCCUAUGUGGAGUACUUGGGAGCAGACAAAGCAGAGCCUACGUGGAACAUAAAAGACUUGAUAGUGCUGUAUGAUGUACACCGAGUAAUGGCAAUUGAUGCGUUGGCUUCUUCCCAUCCACUCACAUCAAAAGAAGAGGAAGUGAACACUCCAGCUGAAAUAAGUGAACUGUUUGACGCCAUCUCUUACAGUAAGGGCGCUUCAGUAAUUCGGAUGUUAUCUGACUUUAUCACAGAGGAGGUGUUUGUUGAAGGACUGGCUACCUACUUGAAACAGUUUGAAUAUGACAACACUGUGUACAGUGACCUGUGGAUUCAUUUGCAACAGGCAGUGAAUACAAGUCCAGUUGGACCAACCCUUCCUCAGCCAAUUGAUAAAAUCAUGGAUAGAUGGGUCCUACAGAUGGGAUUCCCUGUGGUGAAAAUUAACACAACAACUGGAACUGUAACUCAACAACACUUCCUUUUGGAUCCAGAAUCUGUCGUGACCAGACCAUCUGAAUUCAAUUAUGAAUGGAUUGUGCCAAUUUCAUAUUCUAAGAGCAAUUCUUCUGGAAAACUCUGGCUCGAAAGUUCAUCAGAAAUAUUUAAUGAAUUUAAGACCACUGGAAGUGAAUGGCUUCUAGCAAAUAUCAAUGUAACGGGAUACUACAGAGUUAAUUAUGAUGAUGGAAACUGGGACAGGCUUAUUAGGCAGCUGGAGAGCAAUCAUUUGGCAAUUCCUGUUAUCAACCGAGCACAAAUCAUUGAUGAUGCCUUUAAUUUAGCAAGAGCCAAGUAUAUCAAUACAACAAGAGCUUUAGACACCACGAGAUACAUCUCCAAUGACACUGAAUACAUGCCCUGGCAGGCCAUGUUCAGCAGCCUCAGUUACUUUACACAGAUGUUUGAUCGGACAGAGGUGUACGGGCCAAUGAAGAAAUACCUAAAACAGCAGGUCACCCCACUGUUUGAAAACUUUAAAGUUUUAACAGAAAAUUUUACCAGCCGGCCAGAGUCCUUAACAGACCAAUACAGUGAAAUAAAUGCUAUUAACACUGCAUGUAUCUAUGGCAUCCCUGAGUGUAUUCAAUUAGCAGCUAGCCUCUUCAGGGAAUGGAUGAUGAAUGGAACUAAUGGUAUUCAUCCGAAUCUACGAUCCUCCAUUUACUGCACUGCUAUAGCGCAUGGAGGAGUAGCUGAAUGGGAUUUUGUAUGGAAAAAAUUUGUUGCAUCAGAUAUCGCACAGGAAUCGGACAAACUGAGAUCUGCUCUGGCCUGCAGCAAAGAGCCCUGGAUUCUCAAUAGACUUCUAGAGUAUUCACUGGACACCUCUAAGAUACGAAGACAAGAUGCUGUCGCUACCAUUAACAGUGUUUGCAGUAACGUGAUGGGACAGAAUCUUGCUUGGGACUUUGUAAGAGCCAAAUGGAGGAUUAUCUUCACCCAGUUUGGAGGGUCUUCUUUCUCUUUUGGUAACUUAAUUGAACGGGUAACACGGCGAUUCUCCACUGAGUUUGAAUUACAGCAGCUGGAGCAGUUCAAACUUGCCAACCAAGACAUUGGUUUUGGGACAGCCACUCGGACACUGGAGCAAGCGAUAGAGAAAACCAAAGCAAAUAUCAAAUGGGUGAAUGAGAACAAAGAGUCUGUACGUAUAUGGUUUGAAGACGCUAUAAGACCAAGGAGCAUCUAAUAUUUGCAAAAAAACAAAAAUAUGCCUCUUAUGACAACUCAGUAUUGCUUUAUAAUGUAUGAGCGAAUUCUCUUUUCACCAUGUAAGACACAUCAGUGAUUUUUAGGAUCCACAUUUUAUGUGUUGAAGUUUAAGGUGUAAGAAUAAUCAAUUUUAGCAAAGUAAUUAGUUAGCAAACCCUUUGUAACU